AUGUCGACGAGCGAUAGCAGCGCCGUGACCUCGGCCUUCCUUGGACAGCCGCCUGACAACAUGGGCGACUACCACAUCGUCCGGGGCAUAUUCCGCUACUAUGGCUUGUAUACCGCCAACGCGAGCCUGGGCUAUGUGCCCGCCUAUGUGACCCCUGCCGAGUUCACGCACGACUCCAAGCAACCAGCCAUCAUCGCUGGCAUGGCCAUAGUGAUGAUAGUCAUCGUCGCUUCUACCGCCUUCAGGCUUGCCCUCAGGGUCUUCAAGCCGGUCCUCCACUUCGGCUGGGACGACUGGACUGUCCUGCUUGCAUCUUGCAUGGCCGUUACGUAUCCCGUCUAUCAAAUUGUCAUGAUCAAAAACGGAGGCGGGGGCCUUCAUACGUGGGAUGUGACAUACUCUCAGUUCGAAACAUUCUGGUACUACGGCACCGUGUCUCAACUCACCUACUACGUCUCCGUGGGACUGAUCAAGGUCUCCAUCACCCUAUUUAUCCGCCGCCUGGUCGACAAGUCACACUCACGGUGGAAGGUACUUACGGCAGACAUAUUCCUUGCCACGCUGAUUGCGUAUAUUCUACUGGCCGUCUUCUGGUCCGUCUUCUCGUGCACCGACCGACCAGCAGCAUCGUUCAGCGCCCGCUAUGCCGGGACCCUAGCUACCCCGGCUACCUGCGGCAACGUCUAUGCUCGUGCCUGGACGAUGAGCGUCAUACAUGUGGUGCAACAGGUAGUGCUACUCUCCAGCCCGGUUGUGAUCCUCUGGACGGUGCGCAUGGAUGCGUAUAAGAAAGCCCGCCUGUUCACCAUCUGGAUCGCCGGCGCCAUCAGCGUCCUUGGCGGCUUGCUCCGUCAGACGCAGUCAAAUGAUGAAUAUGCAUCCGACAUGAUGUGGAACUAUACGGGCAUCCUUAUGUGGACCAGCGUCGAUCUCUGCAUGGGCCUCGUGGCGGCCAACCUGCCGGUCAUGGAUGCCUUUAUCUUCGGGUCGUGGGUGAGCCCAAAGACGGCAUAUGGCCCGGGAGCAAUGGUCUCGGGGCGCUCCGGCCAGGAUGUCGAGUAUGGCAAGGCAAGUCGGGCGACCACGUGGGCUGCAACCAACAAGAGUCUGGCGGGGCUGAAUGAAGACGACAACCGUGAUUGUUCAACCGAAAACAUCAUCCGCAUCGACCACGAGGUUGAGCUGUCUCACAUGCCGGCUAGUUCCCGCGAUGAUAGUCACAACAGCAGUCCUUGCGCUUGUGCAGCAUUAUCAGCAAGGGUGUGA